AUAUGCUUACGCGUCGCAUGACUGAACCUCCAACUCAUCUUAGAUUGGGGAAAUGGGCGUGGGUUUUCACAGAGACGUCACGACUCGGCCGCCUCUGGCUUCUCUCAUUGGCUGAAAGAGCAACCGCAGCAGCGGUAAGCACAGGAGAGCUAGGGCAACAAGAGCAGUUACAGAGGAAAGCAAGCGAACGAGCUGUAGGGGGUGGAUGUUGCAAUAUUCAUACAAGUAGAAUAUUGCUUUUGUAAAGUGACACACACCCCUGUUAUUUUUUAUUUUUAAAAUAUUUGACGUGGUUGUUGAUAAAGAACAGCUCGGUUGCGUUUCAACUGUUUAUACUGUAUUAAAGAGACAGAAAUACACAAAAAAGCGAGGAUGUUGGUCCCCGCGGGAAGAUAAUGAAGAGGCUGCGCGUUUUGUUGGUGUGCCUCAUUGUAGCUCUCCUGUGCUGGUCCCCCGGUCGUUAUGUCCAUUGUUCAGAACAGAGCUCCUCUGGCUCGGAACACUCUGCACAGGAUGGAAGCCCCCAGGCAAACGGGCAACAAGAGGAAGCCACCCACGACAAGGUGGAAGAGGAAUGGCAGACGGACAAUCAGGCAUCGUACGACGUGGGGCUGGAGGCACACAGGGCAGAACUAGAGGAGCAGCCAGCAGGAGACGCCUCAAAUGAGGACAAACACGAUCAGACUGUGAAUCUAGAGGAGCCUGUGGUGGUGUUGGAGCAGCAGCAGCAGGAAGAGGACGAGGUGGUGCUGAUGGUGGAGGAGGUCCAUUCAGAGCCAGAGCAGCCCGCCACUGAGCCAGAACCAGCCCUCGAGCCCCAGCAGGCCCAGUCUCCUCCAGCAGCCUCCCACACACAGCCCGAGCCUGAGGCCCACGCCGAGCUGCCUCCCUCUGCCACCCCGGACCAGGCCUCAGCCUCCACCACCUCUACUGCUGCUGCUCCCAAGGACCCCAGCCCAGAAACCCACAACGAGCCCCAGGCAGACCCUCAUGAAGAAGCUCCUGCGAGCCCCGAGCACGCUGCUGAAGUCCCGGGCGGAGCACCUACCUCAGUCCCCUCUCCUGACGCCCCACCCAGUGCACUAGAGGUUCCCAGUGCUGCUUUCUCCGUAGAGAGCUCUAGUGCCAGUGAGUGUGUGGAGGGUGCCCCGCCCACCGGGGCGCCCCCCUCCAGCGAAUCCCUUGACUUUGGCAGCACACUCACCAGUGAUGUGGAGAACAUGUCCAUCACACUGGGGAGGGGGACGGGGACCAACGCUGACUUCCCUGCCUCUCUGGGCCCAAAGGACUUUGUCGUGCCAGAGCCGGACCCGGACCCAAGUGGAAACACCUCUCUGAAGCCAGAGGAGCCCCAGGUGGCAGACUCCUCAGGCUCCAGGGAGACUGACCCCUCUGUGCCCAGCAAAGAGGACAUCCCCACUUUUGACGAGUGGAAGAAGAAAGUGAUGGAGGUGGAGAAGGAGAAAAGUCAAUCCCUACACACCUCCACCAACGGGAGCCCCCACCCUGUGAAGAAGGUCCAAAAGAGCUUCAAGAACAACUACGCCUCCGUGGAGUGUGGGGCCAAAAUCCUGUCUGCCAACAGCGAGGCCAAGAGCACGUCGGCCAUCCUGAUGGAGAACAUGGACAUCUACAUGUUAAACCCCUGCAGUAAUAAGAUCUGGUUUGUUAUUGAGCUCUGUGAGCCCAUCCAGGUGAAGCAGCUGGACAUUGCCAACUUUGAGCUCUUCUCGUCCACACCAAAAGACUUCCUGGUGUCCAUUAGUGACAGGUACCCAACCAACAAGUGGAUCAAAUUGGGAACGUUCCACGCCCGCGACCAGCGCACCGUCCAGAGCUUCCCAUUGGACGAGACGCUCUACGCAAAAUAUGUCAAGAUGUUCAUCAAGUACAUAAAGGUGGAACUUCUCUCCCACUUUGGAUCCGAGCACUUCUGCCCCCUCAGUCUCUUCAGAGUGUUCGGGACCAGCAUGGUGGAGGAGAUUGAUGAGCUGGCGGAGUCCCAGUACCCCCCGGAGAGGCUGGAGUACCCAGAUGAGGAAUUCGAUGACGUUCCUGGCUACGUCUCAUCCGAAGACAAAUCCUCAAAGAACCUUUUGGGAUCAGCAACAAAUGCCAUUCUGGAUAUAGUGAAUAACAUCGCUGCCAACGUGCUGGGGGCAAAACCAGGACAGGAAGGUGGAGCUCACUUCGAAGGGGAUGCAUCAUCCGUCGAUGAGAACCUCACAGAGACAGUGUCCGAGAUUCCUGUCAGUCCCACUCCAACCCCCACAAGCCCCCCUGUGCUGGAGGUCUCCGAGCCGGAGCAGACCUUUUCCAGGGAGGAUCCGGCUACCCCGCUUCCCGUGACCCCCGAGGCCUCUGCGCUCCCUGAGGGGGGUCAGAUCGUGACGCUGGUCCAGGAAGAGGAGGAGGAGUCGUCGUCACAGUCCACCGUCACGCUGAUGGAGGAGGAGGACGAGGAGGAGCCGGAGGAGGAGGCGGCGGCACCGCCCGAGUCCGAGGAGGAGCAGCGGAGGCGCGAGACGGCGCAGCGCGAGAGCCUGUUCUACUGCGCGCACCUCUCCACGCUCUCGUGCCUGGCCUCGCUGCAGGAGAAGCUGUACCGCUGGUGCUCCGUCACCUUGGCCCUGCAGAGGCAGCGCAAGGAGCGCCACCAGGCCCGGAGGAGGGCAGCGUCCGCCGCCGCCUCCUCUCAAGCGCCUCUCCCUGCUCAGCAGGCCCUGCCCGCCCCCACCCCCACCCUCACCCAGGACCUGCCAGCGUCUGCGAAGCUCCCAGAGGCGGAGGGGAGACCCAGCCCGGUGCAGGGCGACAGGAUCAGCCCCACGGCCUCAGACGCGGCCUCCUCCCGCUUCAGCCAGGGCAGCCGGCAGGGUGAGGCGGGUGGUGUAGAGCACCUCUCCGACCCCAUCCUGCUGGAGCCUAGCCGCACCUCCUCCCUGCCCCAGCACAGCUUCACCGACACCUCCCUGGCCAAGCCCACCCCUACGCAGGAGAUCCCCCAGCGCCCCACUGGCGAGCCUCACGACCAGCAGCAGCAGAGGCCGGGCUACCUGGAACAAAUCCCAGAGACCCAGGCCGAGGGCCGGCAGACUAGCAGCGACAGCAGCACCCUGCACCUCCACCCCAGCCCCACGGCCACCUCUGCCCUGCUCACCGCCACCACAGAGCCGCUGAGCCCCGAGAAGGACUCCCCCAGGCUGGACCUAGCCAGCAGCACCGAGCAGCCUCUCCAUCCCCUGCCCACCCACACCCAGCCUGCGGACAUCCCCCCUCCCACGGAGCUCCCUGCUCCCUCAGCAGAGCCCACAGACUCGGGCAGGCCUGGGGCUGAGGAGCUCCCCCACUACAGGCCCCUGAGCCCUCCCCAGCAGCAGGAGCUCCCGGAGGCCCCGGCACUGCACGCGGACCUGAGGGUGGAGGAGGUGGUGGAGGAGCUGCUCCUGAGCGUGCCCUCGGCCGGCGGGGGACACCACCGUACCGCCACCGACUUCUACGCCGAACUGCAGAACUCUGGCGACCUGCCGCACGGCAACGGCGGCCACGGCAAUGGCAACCAGGUGCAUGGCUCCAACCAGAAGGAGUCGGUGUUCAUGCGGCUCAACAACCGCAUCAAAUCGCUGGAGAUGAACAUGUCGCUCAGCAGCAGGUACCUAGAGGAGCUCAGCCAAAGGUACCGGAAGCAGAUGGAGGAGAUGCAGAGAGCUUUCAACAAGACCAUCAUCAAGCUGCAGAACACGUCACGCAUUGCAGAGGAGCAGGACCAGAGACAGACGGAGUGCAUUCAGGUUCUACAGAGCCAGUUGGAGAACGUCACCAGACUGAUGCUCAAUCUGUCUUCUACGGUCAUGCAGCUGCAGAGAGAGGUGUCGGACAGGCAGAGUUAUCUGGUGGUGUCUCUGGUGCUCUGUCUGCUGCUUGGGCUGGUGCUCUGUAUGCAGUGCUGUCGAAGCUCCCCCAGUCACAACAGCACCAGCACAGCCGUGCCCAUGACCAACCAUUACCCCAGUCCAAAGAGGUGUUUUUCCUCCUAUGAUGACAUGAGUCUGAAGCGCAGAGUGUCCUGUCCUCUGGUGCGCUCCAAGUCUUUCCAGAUGCCUGCCACAGAUGUAGGUCCUGAUGACUUGUACAUUGUAGAACCUCUAAGGUUUUCUCCAGAGAAAAAGAAAAAGCGCUACAGGGUCAAGGCCAGCGAGAAGGCGGAGACACUGAAGGCCUCGGGCUCGGCGCCGGCGGCCAUCUUUAACGGCGUGCCCAAGUGCAACGGCGGCAGCUUCCAAGACCUGCACUUCCUGCCCUCGCCCGACGCCGACCUCUCCACCAGCUCGUCCAAGGACACGGCCUGGUCCGAGGUCAGCUCCGAGGGCUCCUCCACCGUCUCAGACGGUUCCCUGUGCGGCGGGCCCACUUGCUCGUCCGGCGCGCCCAACUCGGGCCUCUCCAAUGGCCGGCUGUCGCACCCCCUGCUGGCGCGCAGCAAGGCGGAGAAGAGGUCCUUCAAGCGGCGGCGCUCCAAGCAGGCGGAACAGCAGCACGGUUGGAACGGCUUCGGUCCUGAGGAUGAGCCCAUCCCCGUGUCCACCCUGCAGGAGCUGGGCAUGGGCGUGGGCGUGGGCACCUUCAGGGUGCAGGCCGUCUCGGGACACGUCUGA